AUGCAACAGGAAAGCCCACGUUAUGUGAUUGACAGGCCGGCAUAUAACCUCCCUGACUUUGACAGAGAAUUUGACAAAAAGAGUCGACAGUUCCCUGUUGGAGAAAAAGUAAAGAAACUCUUCAGAUGUUCUGUACCCAGGCUCAAAGGCUUGUUACUUAAACAUCUGCCGGUCCUAAGCUGGCUUCCCAAGUACAAAGUAAAAGAAAACCUGCUGUAUGAUGUCGUCAGUGGGGUCAGCGCCGGCACCAUUCAGGUUCCCCAAGGCAUGGCUUUUGCCCUCCUUGCAAAUCUUCCUCCUGUCAAUGGUCUCUAUUCCUCUUUCUUCCCCCUCAUCCCAUAUUUCUUCAUGGGCACUGCUCACCAGAUGGUCCCAGGUACUUUUGCUGUUCUCAGCAUUAUGGUGGGAAUCGUGUGUCUUAGGCUAGCCCCUGAGUCGGAUUUCAGUCAUUUCAAUGCCACUCUUAAUGCCACAGUAGUGGACACUGACAGGAUGAAUGAAGUUCGUCUGGCUAUAUCUGGUACACUGGCCUGUCUCACUGCAAUCAUACAGAUUGGUCUUGGCUUCAUGCAGUUUGGGUUUGUAGCCAUCUAUCUGUCAGAAUCGUUUGUCAGAGGCUUCAUGACUGCUGCAGGACUGCAAAUCUUAAUUUCAGUGCUCAAGUACAUCUUUGGCAUCACAGUGCCUCCUUACAGUGGUCCGCUGGCUGUUAUAUAUACUCUCAAGGAUAUAAUAUUGGGCCUUCCUGAUACCAAUAUAGCCUCCUUAGUCUUUGCUUUGGUCAGCAGUGCAGUUUUGAUUGUGGUGAAAGAACUAGGUUUCCACUUUCGUCAUAAACUUCCUUUCCCUAUUCCUAUCGAGAUCAUCGUCGUGGUGGUGGCCACAGCCAUCUCAGGUCCGCUGCAUCUUCCUGAGAUCUACCACAUGGACAUUGUGGGCAAUAUUCCUCUGGGAUUUCCUGCACCAAUCCUCCCAACAGUGAGUCAGUGGGAAGACAUGUUGAGCACAGCUUUCUCUCUGGCUAUUGUCGGAUACGUCAUCAACUUAGCUAUGGGCAGGACACUGGCAGCUAAGCAUGGCUAUGAUGUGAAUCCCAACCAGGAAAUGUUGGCUCUAGGCUGCAGCAAUUUCCUUGGGUCUUUCUUUAAGAUCCAUGUGAUCUGCUGUGCUCUGUCUGUAACGCUGGCUGUUGACAGUGCUGGAGGAACCUCACAAUUUGCCAGUCUGUGUGUAAUGCUAGUAGUAAUGGUCACCAUGCUCGCCCUGGGAAUCUAUCUAAAGCCACUCCCAAAAUCAGUGCUUGGAGCGUUGAUUGCAGUAAACCUGAAGAACACGCUCCUACAGCUCUCUGAUCCCUUUUACUUAUGGAAGAAGAGCAAACUGGACUGUUGUGUGUGGGUUGUGUCAUUCUUGGCCACAUUCUUUCUAAGCUUGCCUUAUGGUGUUGCUAUCGGAGUGAGUUUUUCCAUCCUGGUAGUUGUAUUCAAGACACAGUUUCGCAAUGGUUCAACAAUUGUUCAAAUUAAGGAUACAGAUAUCUACAGAAAUCCAAAGAUGUACAGCAAGGUCAUGUCAGUAACAGGUGUGAAAAUAGUUAACUAUUGCUCACCAAUCUACUUUGCAAAUGCAGAAAUAUUUCGCCACAGAGUCAUCAAAAAGACUGGGCUGGACCCUGGCAAACUUAUCCUGGCCAGGCAGAAGUUCUUGGACAAAGAACAGAAGGAAAAAGUGAAACAAGAUAAGGACAAAACGUCAAGAAGGCGGAAACCCAGCUCUUUGGUUAACAUGAAAGCUCAGACCAUAUCUCAGCUUGAACUGCAAAAUGACUUUGAUAUGAAGGAUGGCAGUGCCAACAAUGUUGAACUUCCUACAAGCUAUGUCAACUUCCACUGUAAUGACAUUGAACUGGGCGAGCAGUUGCCUGACCAAGAGCCAUCCAGUCCCCCUGUUCUCACCCUGGAGCCUCAGCCAGUGCCCUUCCACACCCUAAUCCUCGACCUGGCGGGGGUCUGCUUCAUAGACCUGAUGGGCAUAAAAGCACUGAUAAAGAUGAACUCGGGCUACACGAUGCUGGGCAUUAAACUGUACCUGGCUAACGUUCAAGCCCAGGUGUAUGAAGAACUGGAGGCCGGGGGAGCUUUUGAAGAUGGCAAUAUUGCCCGCAGUAAUCUCUUUCUUUCUGUUCAUGAUGCCAUUCUGUUUGCUCAGCAGACCUCUGGAGAGAGGGAAGUCUACUCAAAGGCCCAGGGAGCAAAACAGGGACUUGAUUUUAACAUUAAUGAGGAGAAGGAUCUGGAACAGGAAAUGUUUUGAAGUGAACAAGAGCAGAAGAAACAUACUGAAGAUAUUGUCAAUAAUCUUGACAUUAUUCUGCAAUUUAUGAAAUGCGUUCUUGCCAAAAUCUGUCCUCUGCUUAAGCUUUCAUCUUUUAUCCGACUAUCUAAAAUUAUCAAAUGCUCUACCUUGAUCAGUAAUCGGGGCAGUAACCAGUACUUCACGUCACUGGCAGGGGGUGGCACGUACUAGCGCAAGAGACACCAGCAACAAGCAAGUGCUGAGGAGAUAAUGAAGGGAACUCUGGGGCUCAGUUUGCCUACCUUUUACAAUAACUGAGGAGUGAACUGCUGACUGUGCAGUCAUACAGAAGUGCUCCUGUAAUUAAAUGAGAGUGUGCAUGGCCACAGCUGUGAGCUACAACUAGCUGCGCAGUCUGGCUAAGCCCCUGUGGAGGUAAGGAACUGCAAAAGGCUAAACAUAAGUGAAAGGAAGAUUACAUAGUAUCAGCAGUUUCAUGGCUUUGUUAUUGCAAACUCUGUUAAGCACCAGAGUCUUCAUAAUUGUCCAUAAGGCAGAAUUGAGCUACAACAACCAAAUAACACUCUUAAUUGUUGCCUCUUGCGCCAGUAUAAGCUGUAAGAAAGAGAAAUGUGUGGGCCAGAUAACUUGUGUUUGUGUAGCAGGUGCUUAAAGGCCUGUGGUGUCAAGUCUAGCAGCAGGCUGUCAGUGGUGUUGGUAUGCCUGUGAUGCAUGAAUGGAUUUAUAAAGCUAUUAGGAAAUCAUCCUAAGGUAUUCUGGCACACAUCUGCUCCUCUGCUCCCCUUCGUCUCUGCAGCAAAUUGGCACCACAAGUGAUUACAAGGUUUCUAUGGCCAUCAGCUUUAAUUUGGAGCCUUGGGAAAGUCUUUCAUCGCUUAAUGCAUGUAAGUGUCUGUGUGUGUUUGUGUUUAAUUCAUCACCUGCAGGU